GCUAAGAAUAUGAAUUUAUAUAAACUCAACACCACUUGUAGUUGUACUCACUUACAUUACAUUGUACCUUUAAGAAUUAAUUAAAACUAAUAAUAAUAAUAAAAUAAAAAAGUAUUUGAGAAAAAUUAACAAGUUCGAUAAAAUGGCGGAGAAGCAAGUGAUGGUGGUUGGUAUUGACGACAGUGAUCAUAGCAUCUAUGCCCUUGAAUGGGCACUGGAUCAUUUGGUCACUACACUUCCCAAUCCAAUCUUCAAACUUGUUCUUGUUUAUGCUAAACCUUCUGUUAUCUCUAGUGUUGGUUUAAUUGGCCCCGGAGCCGCUGAGAUUUUGCCUAUUGUGGAUGCCGAUUUAAAAAGAUCUGCUAUCAAUGUUAUUGAACAAGCUAAAGAAAUCUGCACCAACAAUUCGGUAAAGGACAUAGUAGAGGAAGUGGUGGAAGGAGAUGCUAGAAAUGUUCUUUGUGAUGCUGUAGAGAAGCACCACGCUUCAAUAUUGGUUGUGGGUAGUCAUGGUUAUGGAGCUCUAAAAAGGGCGGUUUUAGGUAGUGUAAGUGACUACUGUGCUCAUCAUGCUCAUUGCACUGUGAUGAUUGUGAAGAAGCCAAAAACCAAACACUGACCUCGUUGGCUGCGUCUACAUUAUCCUACAGUAAUAAGAAUAAAUGUUUUCAGCAAAAAGAAGAUGAAUAUUGUUUAAAAUUUCAUAAUGUUGUUUGUUCCACGUCAUGUUGACUCUGGAAUAAGGUUCAUUUCACCUUAUGUUGUGUUCAAAAUACUAAACUAGAACAAGAAUUUCCCCCCUUCCCAACUAGUACCCACCCUAGCACUUAUUUUUACUCUGUUCAUAAGCAACUUUUGUAAAUGUGGUUGUUUUAUCUUCUAUGCCAAAAUGAAUAAUCAUGUCUGUUGCAAUUCUGUCACA